CGGCGCUCGCGCCGGCAGAGUGGUUUGCGUCCUCCGGUCCCACACGUGCUGCGCACCGUUUCCUCGGGUAACCUUUGCCUGCGUGACAAGUAGGCUCCCCUGCAGGUACUGGGGCCUUAGGGUCCGUCCGGCCUCCCCCGCGGGCUGCGCGAUGGCGGAAGCAGCGCCAGGAGCCAGCGGAGAGGCCAUGGCGGCGCUGGUGGCGGCGGAGGGUUCCUUUGGCCCGGCAAGCCGGAGUUUCUCCAACUACCGGCCGUUCGAUCCCCAGACCCUGGGCUUCAGCCCGAGCUGGCGGCUGACGAGCUUCUCCGGCAUGAAGGGCUGAGGCUGCAAGGUCCCCCAGGAGACUCUGCUCAAACUCCUGGAGGGACUGACGCGGCCCGCGCUGCAGCCCCCGCUCGCCUCGCUGGUCGGAGGUCCAGAGGAGACGGCGCAGGAAGGGGGCCUGGGCACCAGGCCGGGCCCCAGCUCAGCCCUUCCCUCGCUGAGCAUUGGGAUGGACUCCUGCGUCAUCCCCCUGAGGCACGGCGGCCUGUCGCUGGUGCAGACCACCGACUUCUUUUACCCCUUGGUGGAAGAUCCGUACAUGAUGGGGCGCAUAGCCUGUGCCAAUGUGCUCAGUGAUCUCUACGCCAUGGGCAUCACCGAGUGUGACAACAUGUUGAUGUUGCUCAGUGUCAGUCAGAGCAUGAGCGAGAAGGAGCGCGAGAAGGUAACCCCGCUCAUGAUCAAAGGCUUCCGUGACGCUGCCGAGGAGGGAGGAACCGCAGUGACCGGUGGACAGACAGUGGUCAACCCGUGGAUUAUCAUCGGUGGGGUUGCCACUGUGGUGUGCCAGCAGAAUGAAAUCAUAAUGCCUGAUAGUGCAGUGGUAGGAGAUGUCCUGGUGUUAACCAAACCCUUGGGAACCCAGGUUGCCUCCAAUGCCCACCAAUGGCUGGAUAAUCCUGAAAAAUGGAGUAAAAUCAAGAUGGUGGUUUCCAGAGAAGAAGUAGAGCUGGCCUAUCAGGAAGCUAUGUUCAACAUGGCUACUCUAAACCGGACUGCUGCUGGCUUGAUGCACACAUUUAACGCCCACGCUGCCACGGAUAUCACAGGCUUUGGCAUUUUAGGACACUCUCAGAACCUCGCAAAACAACAAAAAAAUGAAGUGUCCUUCGUCAUCCAUAAUCUGCCAAUCAUUGCCAAGAUGGCUGCCAUCAGCAAAGCCAGUGGACGCUUUGGCCUCCUCCAAGGAACAUCGGCUGAAACCUCCGGGGGAUUACUGAUUUGUCUGCCGAGAGAACAGGCUGCCCGCUUUUGUUCGGAAAUCAAAUCUUCCAAGUAUGGAGAGGGUCACCAAGCGUGGAUCGUCGGCAUUGUGGAGAAGGGAAACCGGACAGCCCGUAUCAUUGACAAGCCUCGCGUGAUUGAGGUUCUACCUCGGGGAGCCACUGCCGCCGCCGCCGCCACUGCUGCUCUGGCUCCUGAUAAUCCCAACGCAGCCUCCGAGCCUAGUUUAUGAAAUGAAAUAGCAGAAGUCGUUGGAAAAGCAGAGCCAUUCCACACGCUCGUGGACUGUUGGCCAGGGUUGACUUUAAGACCUUUGCGAAGGCCGCCUGCGUAGCGAGUGCCUCCAGAUGCCCUUGGUAGUUCCAUCAGAAGCUGCCUGUGUGUACAUCCAGGGCCAGAAGUAACCUUUGGGGGGAAUGUGUGUUCAUCUGUUGAGAGAUUGAGGAGGAGCAGGAAGCCUUUUCCCAAAGCAAGAUGAGACUAUUCCAGGUUUUUCUUUGCACUGAGUUGAUUCAUUUCUGCACAGGGAGUAAGAUGAUUUCAUACCAAAAGAGUAAACUGCAACGUGAAAAGAAAUUUUGAGUUUGGACCAAUAUAUUGAUAAGUCUAAAUUGUUAAAACUCUUACUGAUUCAUUGUCAAAUUCGUUUUAAUUCUUCUGAGAAACCGCCUCUUUUCCUGUUCUGGGCAAGAGUUGAGCAGCUUGCCCAGCUAGGGAAGGAAGACCGCAGCCCCUGACUUGGUCUCUGUCAAUGAUGCCUCUUCCUCUAACUCCUGCUAAGGACUGGAAGAGGCUGAACAAGCCUCAGAGCCAGGUGUUGGUGGUCAUUAAUACACUAAAUCUUAUGCUGAAAAUUCCCGGAGAUUUAGUUAAUAAAGAAAAUUUAUUGCAGCUAAAUAAAUAAAAGGGACUUGUUGGAAAA